AUGACCUUUUUUUGGAGUGAGCUAAUAGCCAUAAUUUUCAUAAUUGCUUUAUUUAUCUGGUUAAUUGUUUUGACUCUUAAAAUUUUAAACAUAGAAAAGAAAAAACUUUCUAAAAAAAAACAGAAAAAUGAAGAUAAAGGAUUUGAAAUAAAGCCAGAAGAAAACUAAAAUAAUUAAGCAAAUGAUGAUCCUGAAAUAUAAUAGUAUGUUUAUAUUAAUAAUGAUAGAUUAUUAUUAGAGGAAUAAGAUAGAAAUAAAGAGUAAAUAGCAUUAGAUGUUGGAUAAAAUAUUCUAAAAAAAAAACAAUAGAUAAAUCAAAAUAGUUAAAACAAAGAAAUAAAAAGUUAAUUUUAAAAUUUAUAAGAAAUAGAACUCUUAGGUAUUAAAUAUAAGAAAUUUAAAAGAUUAAAAAAUAUAAAUAGAUAAGCUAUAAAAAUAGUUGGAAAAUUUAUAAGAGCUAAUACAAUCUUUAUAGGUGGAUAAAAAUUAAUAUGAAACAUUAAACAAAUAAAUACUAGAUAUAAAAGCACUGAUUAAAAUUUAAAAUAUCCACAAUUACUCAUAGCAUUUAAGUGACAUUCAUGCAAGGUUAACUUAUAUUGAAAAAAAUCUAUAUUAAUAAUAGGAUAUUGGAGAUAUCAUUCUACCACUUUAUGAAAAAACUUCUAAAAAAAGGUAAAUAGAAGAUUAAUAUAAAUAUUAUGUAAGAUAAUUAAAGAAUAAAGUUGAUUUAAAAAAAAAUUAUAGUCUGAGUUUGCAAGCUAAUUAAGAAAUGGGGAACUAUUGUAAUGCAUUUAAAGAAGUCAGAGGAGAUGGAAAUUGUUUCUACACUGCUUUUGGAUAUUAAUUUUUAUCAAUUUUACUAUUUGAUUAUUCUAUUGAUUAAUUCUAUAAAUUCAUAGAGAAAAUCAAAUAAAUUAAUUUACCAAUGAAAAUAUAUGUGACUGGACAAGAUUUUAAAAUAGAUGAUAAAUUAUUAGAAGAAAAGCUUUUAAAAGAAUUUUUGAAUAGAUUAAUGAAAUUAAAAUAAAUUCAAGAUUUAGUGUAAAGAAAAGAACAAUUUCAUAAUUAAUUUGCAGCUUAUGAAAAAUAAUCAGAAGAAGUUGAUGCAUGUUUAUAUGGACUAUCAACUAUAUUUUUUAGAAAUUAUUCCAAUUAUAUUGUUGAUUUUAGUGAAAAAAAAGAUGCCCUUUAUGAUAGAGAGAAUCUUUUAAAGUGGGAAGAAGAAUGCAAUUCAAAUGAAGUUAUUAUUGCAGAAUUAGCUAAACAAUUAAAUAUGUUUUUAUUUAAUAUAUACUUUUAGAUUUGUUUAAUUGAUAUUUAUUGAAAAUAAAGAUUAGCUUAAAAAAUUCUAAUAUGGAAAUGAACAACACAAUAAGAUAAUAUUAUUAAUCAAACCUGGCCAUUAUAAUAUUGGUUAUUUUAUCUAAGAAACAAUCAANUUAAUACAUUUAGAAGUGAGAGGAGAUGGAAAUUGUUUCUAUGCAGCUUUUAGAUAUUAUUUUUAUUAAUGUUAAUAUUUGAUUAUUCUGUUGAAUAGUUCUAUUAUUUCAUAGAGAAAAUCAAUAAAUUAAAUUAUCAAUAAUGAAAAUAUGUAUUAGUAUUUUAGUUAGAUUAAUUAAAUUAAAAUAAAUUGA